GAAAGAGCAGCAGGGCGCACGGGCGAGGGCGCAGCGUGGGGAGCCCGUGGGAAAUGGCGGGCGCGCGCGGCGCGUCGGGCGCGCGCAAGGGGGCGGUCCCGGGCCGGAGGCGCGCGAUCGGCGGCGGCUGGGGGGAGGAGGAGUCUCGGCAGCGCUGGGGGCUCCGGCGCUUGGCUGUGGUGCCUCUGGAUCCGCCGCGCUCCGCUCCGGACUCUCGCCUCUGCGCUUCGGCCGGCGGGAUGGCCGCACUCCUGCCGCCCCCCGCGCUCUGCCCGCCGCUGCUGCUCUUGCUGCUCGCUCUGCUCGGCCACGGCCCCACCGGCAGCUUCGGCAACCGGCACGCGGUGCAUUGGAACAGCUCCAACCCGCACUUGCGGCGGGAAGGCUACACGGUCCAGGUGAACGUCAACGACUACUUGGACGUCUACUGCCCACACUACAACGCCUCUGUGCCCGAGGGGCGGAUGGAGCAGUACAUCCUGUACAUGGUGAACCACGAGGGCUACCGGACGUGCAACAUCAGCCAGGGCUUCAAGCGCUGGGAGUGCAACCGCCCCCACGCCCCCCACAACCCCAUCAAGUUCUCAGAGAAGUUCCAGCGCUACAGCGCCUUCUCCUUGGGCUACGAGUUCCACGCCGGCCACGAAUACUACUACAUCUCAACUCCAACACACAACCACCGCCGGGCCUGCCUCCGAAUGAAGGUCUUUGUUUGCUGUGCUUCCACGUCGCACUCUGGGGAGAAGGCGCUUCCGACCCUCCCGCAGUUCACUAUAGGGCCAGAGGUGAAGAUCGAGGACUUGGAUAAUUUUAACCCCGAAAUGCCCAAACUGGAGAAGAGCAUCAGCGGGACGAGUCCAAAACGAGAACACUUGCCCCUGGCCGUGGCCGCCGCCCUCUUCCUCAUGACGCUGUUGGCCUCCUAGCCGUGCGGGUAGCCGUCGGAGGGCACCGAGCCGCCCCCCCCCCCGGUCCAAGCCCCCUUUUUCUCUGACUUCCUGGGCGUGGCGGUGUGGAAAGGACAAAAUGCGUAUAUUUAAAACCGAAGUCCCGAGCGAGGCACCUCCAGGUGGGUGGGUGUGGGAGAAGCCGCGGUGGAGGAACUGGACGACUGGCGCUUCUGGCUCGGCCGCCCCCUCCUUCUCUCCCUCCCCCAGCGAAGGGAAACGUCCCCACCACUGUUUGUCUGUCUGUCUUCUCUCUCUUUUGCCUGUCCCAUCUGCCACUUGCCCGGAGGGGAGGGGGCGGGGAACGGAUUUAGACAAGGCCUUCCGUGCUGCCUCCACGAUUCGAGGGGCAGACUGCAGUUCUAACCCCCCGUGGACUUGGAGGGGGGGCGUGACGGUUUGACGCCCUUAAAGGGGGCAUUUUUUAAAAAAAAUAAUCAUCCGGGCCUCUGAGCCCAGCAGCGAUUUUAAGGACCGCCACUUUCGCCAGCAAUAGGCAGCCCGUCGACCGACCCCAUUGCCCCGGGCACAGCUAGCUGCCAGCAAACAUCCAGAUCACCGGAUCACCUUCGAGAACUCCGCCGGUGACACCACCGCCUGGCUGUGUUUUUAAGAUGGCGAGUUAUGGGCAGGGGCCCGUUGGCCCAGGAGUGCCCAUGCCAGAGAUGCAGAGGGCAGCACCGCUUCCUUGGGGACUCUUUGAGCUGGGGCCCGCGCCCCCCUAGCCCUGUACAUAUCUCUAUGUGUUCUGUACAGACAGAGGCUUUAUUAUCCGUGUCUAUAGAUUAUAUAAAACUGUUCUUGUAAGUGGGUGGGCGCGGGGCAGGGACCGGCCUGCCUGUCUAAGCCAGAGUUUUUCUUUCUUUGGGGCGAUUCCUCCCUUUGUCUUCUGUGAAGACCAGACCUAUGCAAGACGCACGGACACUUUUUUUUUUUCCUUUCUGGGGCAAAGAAAAAAGAAAAAGGACAACCCACUUCAACAAAACAAGCAGAGGAACUUUUUGUUUUUUGUUGCGGGUGGGGUUUGUGUGUUCCUUUCUCUUUCUCUCUCUCUCUUUUUUGUUUUGUUUUGUUUUGUUUUUUUCCCAAGAGCUUUGGCUGGUGAUUUUCAUAUACUUGCUCUUAGUCUAUUAAAAGAAAAAAAUUAAAUAAAAGGUGGAGAAAAAAACCAAGCCGUC